GAUACAUUUAUUACCCUCAUAGCCAUCUCGACUCCUCUCACAUACCUGAUCACACAACCUAUGGAUACCUCUACCAAGGUCUUGGAUAGCACCUCUGGCCUGCAGAUCUCACAAGUGAAACCGUCCGUCUUGUAUAACGGACGCAAGGCAUCCCUCUCGCUCGACAUUGUCGUUGUGGGGUGUGGUCUGGGUGGUCUCACAGCUGCGUUCUGCCUUACACAUGCAGGUCACAAAGUAACCAUUCUGGAGAGUGCACCCGAAAUUGGUGAAAUUGGCGCUGGUAUCCAAGUAAGCCCAAACGUGACUCGCCUUUUGAUCCGCUGGGGACUGGGUGAACGGCUGAAAGAUGUAACGGUGAAGCCGCUAGCUCUCACUCUCAGAAGAUGGAAAGACAACCAAUCCGUUGCAUGGACGAAAUGGGGGAAUACCAUGGAUGAGGAGUUUGGCUCACCGUAUUAUCACGUGCAUCGAGCCGAUUUCCACCGUAUGGUUUUUGACUUGGCUUUACCGCACACCACCAUUCGAACCAACAGCCGGGUGGUUUCCGUAGACCCAUCCAAGCCAAGUGUUACACUUGAAUCUGGAGAAGUCGUUUAUGCCGACCUUAUCAUCGGUGCAGAUGGAGUCAAAAGUUUAACACGUGAAUACGUGGUGGGGGGACCUGACAAGCCAACCCCAACUGGAGAUGCAGCUUACAGAGCCACUAUACCAACACCGCUUCUGGUCAAAGAUCCUGAUCUCAAACAUCUAGUAGAUAAUCCCGAAAUGGUGGGUUGGAUGGGGCCUGGCCGGCAUAUCAUGGCUUACAACAUACGCGCAAUGAAAGAAUAUAAUUUGGUUAUCGUUCAUCCUGACGAAGGAGCUGUGGAGUCUUGGACUGCAGAGGGAAAUGCUGAUAAGAUGAGGGCUGAUUUCGAGGGCUGGAACGACUGCGUCCGGAAACUCUUGGCUCUGAUACCCACCACGCACGACUGGAAGUUAAUGGAUCGUUCACCUCUCGACACUUGGGUACACAAGGAGGGUAAGCUGGUUUUAUUAGGAGAUUCGUGCCAUCCAAUGCUUCCGUACCGAGCCCAAGGAUCUGCAAUGGCCAUCGAAGACGCAGCUGUCAUCGGUAACCUCUUCUCACACAUAUCGCAUCGUUCCCAGAUAGCACCCCUUCUUUAUGCCUAUCAGUCCAUCCGGUACGCUCGCGCCACUGAGACGCAAGCUUCGUCCCGGUUAAACCAGAAAAUCUUCCAUCUGCCGGACGGUCCUGAACAGGAGCAACGUGACGAGCAGAUGCGUGCGGCCAUGGAAACUGCGCUGGCUGAAUCCCGCGGCGAAUCUGUUACGCAAACGGUGAACACGGCGUUGCUCGGAAAUGCGAAUCAAUGGGCGGACAAAACUAAGAAUGAAAUACAGUUCGGCUACGACGCAGAUGCGGAGGCGGAUAAGUGGUGGCAAGAAUACGGACAUACCAUUGUGAACGCUGGGAAGUCUAGGAUGUAGACAUGUGAAUAUCACGGAGGUAUCACGUCUUUUCCAAACGCUGACCAGUAGGUGCUGGCGUACGUUUUGUUCCUUUACGGCUGUAUAAUUGGUGCACCUUGUAUUUUUUUUUUGAUAUCCAUUCACAUGUUAAAAAAACUGUAACGUUGCAAAACAGAUGGCAUCACUGGAUGCUAUAGCUCAGUUUUUU